UGACUAUUCGAUACUCAGCUAGUCAACUACAAGUCCACAAAAAUUACUCCAUAUCAAACCGUGCUUUUCCAUUCCACCCAGUAUUUGCACCCAACAAAAUAGCAAUCAAUUAUUUCGUUAUGGCGAUCAACGGAGACAAAGUCAAUCCCACCUCCGCCGCCGCGGUCUUCAUCUCUACCGCCACUCUCCGCCAUCUCGUCACGCACGCCUCCCUCAUCCGCCACCUCCACUCCACCCUCUCCACCGACAUCCAAUCCCCAGCCCGCCACUCCCACGACACAUCCCCUUCCUCCUCCCUCAUCCUCAUGCCGUCCUGGUCUCUCUCCCCUUCCCUCCCCUACGUCGGCGUUAAAUUAGUCACUUACCACCCCAAUAACUCCGCCGUAAACCUCCCCGGAGUGCACGCAAGCUACGCGCUCUUCAGCUCCCUCACCGGCCAAACCUUAGCCACCAUGGACGCCACUGACCUCACCCUUUACCGCACUUCUUGCAUCUCAGCUCUAGCUUCCAAAUUCUUGUCCAGGGAAAACUCUAAAACCCUAGUGAUGGUCGGGGCGGGUUCUUUAGCCCCGCAUUUGAUCCGGGCCCACCUGGCAGUCCGGCCAGGAUUAAAAACUGUCAUAAUCUGGAACAGAACCGUUAGAAAGGCACAAUGUUUGGUUGAGAAGUUGCAAAAGGAGAGCGAAUUUGAGGGGGUGAUUUUCGAGAGCAAUGGGAGUUUGGAAGAGGCGGUAGGAUUAGGAGAUAUAGUGAGCUGUGCUACAAACUCAGAGGCUCCAUUGGUGAAGGGGGGAGAAUUGAAGGAAGGAGCACAUUUGGAUAUGGUGGGAUCGUUCAAGCCGUCUAUGAUGGAGUGUGAUGAUGAGGCUAUUAGGAAGGGGAGAGUGUUUAUAGAUAACGAGGCGGCUUUGGUUGAGUCUGGGGAGUUAGUGGGAGCAUUUGAGAGAGGUGUGAUCACAAGAGAUAAUGUAGUAGGAGAUUUGGUGGAGUUGAUUAAGGGAGAAAAGAGUGGGAGGAUUAGCCAAGAGGAAACCACUGUGUUCAAAUCAGUUGGGUCUGCUGCUGUGGAUCUUUUGACUGCUCAAUUGGUUUAUGAAACCUUCAUGAAAAAUCAAGUUCAUGGAUGAACUAUCUUUUGCUCUUUUCCUGCAUUUUUCUCUGUUCUGUUCAUGUAUCUGCAGUUUCGAAUACAAAUAACAAGGCAAUGCCAUGUUCAGUGAACUUGUAAUUUCGGGUUUAUGAUUCUAAUGCAAUAUAUUGUAAUGCAUCAUCUCUAGAUUGUUGUC